UCUGAUUGGCCAGUGACGCACAGGCUAGCCAGCAGUGUGUUUGUGAAUGGCCUUCCCUGACCAAGAUGUGAUGUUAUGAUUUGUAAUGUAAUGUUUUAUCAGCUCCUUAAAUGAUUUAAUCACCGUUUUAUGUAACAUAUUCGACUGACUUGAAUCGGGGAAAUGAUGUCGUCCGCUGAAGGUGCUCGCAAUUCGGACCAGCUGAAUAAAUUCGAGAAACUGUCAGGGAGGCCUCCCCUAGGACUAGCAGCAGGCCAUCGCACACCUCCGGCGCGGAGCGGCCACCGCUGUGUAGCGGACAACACUAACCUGUACGUGUUCGGAGGCUACAACCCUAAUUACGACGAGUCGGGGGGCUCGGAGAACGAGGACUACCCGCUGUUCAGAGAGCUGUGGAGGUACCACUUUGCCACAGGCACUUGGCAUCAGGUGCGCACAGAGGGCUACAUGCCCACGGAGCUGGCCUCCAUGUCAGCUGUUUUACAUGGAAACAAUUUGUUGGUGUUUGGCGGUACGGGGAUUCCUUUCGGGGAAAGCAACGGGAACGACGUCCAUGUGUGCAACGUUAAAUAUAAACGGUGGUCGCUGCUCAACUGUCGAGGAAAGAAGCCCAACAGAAUCUAUGGACAGGCGAUGGCCAUCAUAAACGGCUUCCUGUAUGUGUUUGGAGGGACGACAGGCUACAUAUACAGCACAGACCUGCACAGGCUGGAUCUGACCACCCGAGAGUGGAUCCACCUCAAACCUAACAACCCCUCGCACGACCUGCCUGAAGAGAGGUACAGGCACGAAAUCGCGCAUGACGGACAGAGGAUCUACAUCUUGGGAGGUGGAACUUCCUGGAUGUCCUACCCUCUCAACAAGAUACAUGCUUACAACCUGGAGACUAAUUCCUGGGAGGAGAUCAGAACUAACCCUCAUGAUAAAAUAGGAUACCCUGCUCCUAGGAGAUGUCAUAGCUGUGUGCAGAUUAGGAAUGACGUGUUUAUCUGCGGGGGUUACAAUGGAGAGGUGAUCCUGUCCGACCUCUGGAAGAUCAACCUGCAGACGUUCCAGUGGAGCAGACUUUCAGCCACCAUGCCCGAGCCGGCCUACUUCCACUGUGCUGCUGUCACACCGGCUGGCUGCAUGUACAUCCACGGCGGUGUGGUCAACAUCCGCGAGAACAAGAGGACUGGUUCCCUGUUUAAGAUCUGGCUGGCUGUUCCUAGCCUACUGGAGCUGUGCUGGGAGACCCUGCUGAAAGCCUUCCCUCACCUCCCCCAGCUGCCUGCCCAGGAGCUGGGGGACCUGGGCCUCACACAGGAACUCAUCGAGCGCUUGAAAUAGGACGAAUGCGAGGACGGAGGGAUUGACUAAUGUGUGGAUGGAUGGAUGGAAUAGAGGAUAGAGUACACCCCCCAAUGACGGAAAGCACAGGAUUUGGUUUGAGAUGUUUGUCUUCGUCGCAAAAGAGGGGUCUUUCCCUCCUUAUCGCCUACGUAGCCCGCCUUAAAACCAAAAACAAUGGGAUGCCUUUUUACGUUUCUUUUUUUGUUACAUUUGCACUUCUGAUGAUUUGAAGAAAAAAAAAACUAAAAAACACGAACGAACGAAAAGUGGAAUGUUUGUCUGAACUACAGCUCUUUGUCAGCGGACUUCCCCUGGUGGUCAACUGGUUUAGACGCUCUUGUUCUGUUUUAUCAGCCUUCGCCACUUGAACAAGAAUGCAGAUUCGAAGAAGAGACGCAUGUUUAUUUAUUUAAAAGACUAAAAGAAAA